CUUGUUGGAAGAAAGUGGAAGUACGAACAUGGCGGAGUACGAGGCCGUGCAAGCAGCUCCGCUGCGCCUCAAGAGCGGCGCGGGAGUGGCAGCGCCCGGGAAGCGGAAGAAAAAAAAAGACAAAGAUAAAAGCAAAAUUGUGGACCAAAUAGUAAGCAGCAAAAAUCAGGAAGAAGAGAGGAAACGAACUCUGGACAAGCGGACUCCAGCACAGAUGGCCUAUGAGAAGACACAGGAGAAGCGGCAAAUGGAACGGAUUCUGAAGAAAGCCUCCAAAACCCACAAACAGAGAGUUGAGGACUUUAAUAGACACCUGGACACUCUGACAGAGCAUUAUGACAUCCCUAAAGUCAGCUGGACGAAAUGAGGAUCUUUCAUCUUCUCAUUUCUGGAGGUUGCUAAAAGGAUGCAGAAAAGGCAGCGGAUGUGUUUGUGGUUGGACAUUCUCUUUGGCUGCACAUCCUCUGGAUUAUUUUAUGUAACACCAUGGUCUACAUAAUUCGUUUAUUUUCUGUCAGUUGGAAGCAAUUAUUUAUCUGUAACAAAUGCUUUCUUCCUUAAUGUAUCCAAGCACAUCUGUCUUCAAUUAUAAAAUGUUUGGCUUUUGCCACAAGAUUCUUCUUUGGGGAGCAAUGUGAGGUUAAAUAAAUGUUGGUUCUUCAUCUCAAAUUAUCUUGGUUUUAGUCUAUGUGCUAUAUUGUUGUUUGUGCUUACUCUUGUGCAAUGUAACAGUGGCAGUAUAAUUCAUACUGUUUGUACAGACUGUCUUUGCCAAUAUAGAGAGUAAAUCUG